AAAACCUAUUUUCAUCGGAAAAAACUGAUACAGGGAUCGAAAAGAAGAGAAGAAUUCAAUUUAUUAUAUAACAGAUAUAGAUUGCGAUUUAUUUGUAGGCUAAGGGGGAUUCGAACUCUCACCACCCACCUUCUCUCGUCUUCUUCUCUCUUAAAACACAGCACAAAAUGGCGCGUUCUUGUCCCUGUCCGUUACAACCUGCUAUGCUUUUGGGUUCACCUUCUUUCCCAAACGCUAUUGCUUGGUCUGAUGACAACCUCAUUGCUGUUGCUUCCGCUCACCUCGUCACCAUUCUCAGACCAGACUUGCCUAUUGGACCACGUGGCGUAAUUAAAGUCUCCCCAAGUGAACCCCUUCCCGUAGGGUUUGUAGAAAGAAAAGAUUUGCCCUCUGGAUGCCUCUUGCCUAUGGCAUUGUAUCGCGAUGAUAAACCUGUUGUGAGAUCAAUAUCAUGGUCUCCGCUUGGCAUGGCUGCAAAUUCAGGGUGCUUGAUUGCUGUUUGCACCUAUGAAGGUCAUGUGAAGAUUUAUCGUCCACCUUUUUGUGAUUACUGUGCUGAAUGGAUUGAGGUUGUGGAUAUAACUAAACAACUGUAUGAAUAUCUUAAAUGUACUGACUUUCAAGGUACAGGGAUUGCUUCAGAUGUUUCUGAUGUGCUUAAUAAUAGAUCGUGCCUGCUGAAAAAUGCAUCAGAUCAAAUGGAUUCUCUGUCUAACACUAAUGGGAAAGUUUUGAAAAAGAUGCCUGAGAACCACUUGUUGCCACUGAUAAGUGCUGAUCAAUAUGCUUCUCGUAGUGCAAUGCUAUGUUCACUUGUUGUUUCGUGGUCUCCCUUGCUGCAUGUAGAAUCUGAGUCUUAUCCAAUUCCUAAUAUUUGUGCUUCUGUCAGUCUGCUUGCUGUUGGUGGGAAGUCUGGUAAAAUUUCUUUAUGGAGAUUUCACCCUCCAGAAUGCUAUACUAUUCAGGAUGGAAAAGUCCCAACUACUGUGAAGUUUGUUGGCCUUCUUCAGGCACAUAAUUCAUGGGUUACAACUAUAAGUUGGUUGUUGUUUGCUUUUGAUUCUUCAAAUCCUCAAAUUUUAUUAGCUACUGGAAGCUCUGAUGGGAGUGUUAAGAUUUGGUUGGGUGACAAUGAGAAAUUGCUGAAAUCAUCAGCAGUGGAUCAAACUUCAUUCUCGUUAUUGAAGGAGGUUAUAACUGUCAAUGCUGUCCCAGUUUCUGUACUUUCAGUAACCUUACAUUCUCAAUACCCUUCCAAGAUGCUUUUAGCCACGGGUAAAGUUUCUGGUUCAGUUGAAGUAUGGCUAUGUGACAUGUCCUCUAGGGAAUUUGAUAAGCUUGGCUCAUAUGAUGCACAUGAUUUUGUUGUUACUGGUUUGGCCUGGGCAUUUGGUGGAAGAUUUUUGUACAGCUGUAGCCAGGAUAAUUUAGUGCGUAGCUGGAUUUUGCAUGAGAAUCGUCUCGAUGAAGUAACCAUCUUUUCUGACAUGCCCUGCAGUGACAGUUCAAUCUGUACUUCAAGAGAUGCAUUUGAUUCAUGUUUUGGUGUAGCUGUGUCCCCUGGAAAUCUUGUCAUAGCUACUGUCCAUUGCUUUGAUGUUGAGAAACUGAAUCGAAUGUAUGAAGGAAGGUUUCUGAGGGCAGCUAUUGAAUACUUUUGGAUUGGUGGGCUACAAGUGAAUGUUAAGUUGAAAUCUCCCUUUUCAUGUUACAUUGAAGAAAAUUCCAGUGUUCCAGAGAAAGAUUUAACUUAUUGGGGAAACAAUAUCAUAUGGUCUUUAAACCAAUAUCAAUGUCUUGAUAAGCCUCUAGUUCUGCGGGACAUAAUUGCAGCAUUGUUGGCAUUCAAAGAUAACAAUUCAAAAUAUUUAGAACGUUUACUGAUAAAGUGGAUCUCAUCAACAUUUCUACCAUCACAUAUAGACCUUCCUCCUGAAAAAGUUUUACCACUUGUCUCUUCUAGCUUGGCAGACAUUUCUUCUCGACUGCUACACUUGCUCAAUAUAAUAUGUAGACGUGUAAUGUUAGCAGAGCUGGAUGCUGAUCAAAUUACUAGAACAAACAGAAAAGUUCAAAACCUGGAAGGGUCAUGUCCUGCCAUGGAAAAGGAAAUUGCUAAGUGGAAAGAAAUUCUUCUAAGCAGUGAAAGAGAACUUCGUGAAAGGCUUGUUGGUUUUAGUUUUUCUGCUUUCCAAACUAACAUGUCCCAUCCAGAAACAGAUCCUUCCCAAUGUGGUUGGUAUCCUGUUGGACUGGCACAGAUGGAACAGUGGAUUGCUUUAGAUCAGGAACAUUUACGUGAGCCAUUGAAAUCCAUUGCAUCAAAAGUUACUCAUGAGAAAAGGUUUCUGACCAGUAAAUGUUCAGCAGUAGAGUCAUGCAGUUUUUGUGCAGCAUCUGUUCCAUUUGAAUCCCCCGAGUUUGGUUUUUGUCAAGGUGAAGAUUGCAGUAGUGGCAACGAUAACCGUCACAGGUUAUUGAGAUGUUCUGUUUCUAUGCAGGUUUGCCCCAUUACUCCCAUAUGGUAUUGUGUAUGUUGCCAAAGAUCGGGCUUUAGAUUGGCACCAGAGCAGCUUUUUAGAAUGUCUUCAUUUCAUCUAGAUUCAGACUUUUCUACUAAAUCUUCUUCUCAAGCAGUAUCCUCAAAACCGUUGUGUCCCUUUUGUGGGAUAGUGCUACAGAGACAACAACCAGACUUUCUACUUUCUCCUAUACCUGUAUAAGAAUAUUUAAUAUUUUUUAUAUAAAUGUGUUGUUUUGAUU